UGGCCAAUCUGUCAUCAGCACCUGUCAAGUCGCUGAGCUCGUUACUACAAACUCUCUCUUCGUCGUAUAUCAAAUUUUUUCUUUUCUUUUUUAAUUAACACUUUAGUUUAGGUACCUGUUAAGCACUUUUCACUUCAUUCACGCUCGUUUACUUUUCUCCCAAUUCCGAGGUUUCGCGAUAAUAUAGAUAUAUACCUUGUCUGUACAUUAGGUACCUAUAUAUCAUGGCGCGCGUCAAACAAGCUAAGCCCGUCGAGCGACAGACGUCGUCCGAGUAUAUCGCACACCAGAACUCGACGGAUAAGAAGGGCGACGAUAUUGCGAUACGGUCGGAUGGCAACGCGAGUAAAUAUGCACCACACGGGACGGCGGCGACAACAACGAAGAAGGACGCGGGCGUAGCGCAGUUGGUGGUUGCUGUUGCUGGUAUCUACGGGUCCUUUCUCACCUGGGCGUACCUACAAGAGAAACUCACGACGACGCCGCACGGCGUCUCACCCGGGGGCGCGACGGAGCGGUUCCAGUACCCGGUGUUCCUGAACACGAUCCAGUCUUUGUUCGCGGCGGCGACGGGCGCUAUCUACCUGUACGCGAGCACACCCCGGGGCCGCCCCGUCCCCGCCGUCAUCCCGUCGCGCCGCAUCCUCGGCCCCCUGUUGCUCGUGGCGCUCACGAGCUCGCUCGCCAGCCCCUUCGGGUACGCGAGCCUCGCGCACAUCGACUACAUCACCUUCCUGCUCGCCAAGAGCUGCAAGCUGCUCCCCGUCAUGCUCCUCCACGUCACCCUCUUCCGCCGGAGGUACCCGCUCUACAAGUACCUGGUCGUGGCGGCCGUGACGGCCGGCGUCGCGGUGUUCACGCUGCACUCGGGGAAGAGCCACGGCAAGGGCAAGACGACCAGCAGCAACAACAACAGCGCUUGGGGCCUCCUGUUGCUGGGGAUCAACCUCCUGUUCGACGGCCUCACGAACAGCACCCAGGACUACAUCUUCGGCGCCUUCCAGCCCUACUCGGGCCCCCAGAUGAUGUGCGCCAAUAACCUGAUGAGCACCGCCGUCACCGCCGCGUACCUCGUGCUGAGCCCGUGGCUCGCGCGCACCGGCGCCGGCGAGUGGUUGGGCGUCGAUGUCGCGGGCGGCGCGGGGGAGCUCGAGGCCGCGAUGGGGUUCAUGGCGAGGCACCCGAGCGUCUGGGCGGACGUGUUAGGGUUCGCGGCGUGCGGUGCGGUCGGGCAGGUUUUCAUCUUCUACACGCUAUCGACCUUCUCCUCGGUCCUGCUCGUCACGGUGACGGUCACCCGCAAGAUGUUCACCAUGAUCCUGUCGGUCGUCGCCUUCGGCCACCGCCUCACCCGCAUGCAGGUCCUCGGCGUCGGCCUCGUCUUCGGCGGCAUCGGCGUCGAGGCCGCCAUCGCCCGCCGGGAGAAGCUGGCGAAGGAGGCGGCGAAGCGGAGCGGGAGCGGGGGUGCGGAGAAGAAAGGACAAUGAUUACCUAGCCUUUUGUGUUUUUACCGGUUUCUCCCCCCCUUUUUUUGUCUUCCUUUUUAUUGUUGCUGGUUUGUGUGUGCUUUGUCUUCGAGGGAAGAUGGGGGUUUAUUGUCUGGUUGGUUAGAUCAACCUAGCUGGAUAAGUCGGUUUCGAUAAUUUCCUAAGUAUCUGUAUGUACCUAGGUAGGUAGUAGGAGGGGAGGGGGGGAUUAGAUAGGACGUAGCACUCACCUUAUCUUGUGUGUGAUUGUAUAUAGAAGAAGAGGAGGAGGAAUGCAUGUGCUCUCAAGGAGUUUAUUCUUAUUACGAAAAAAAAUGGGAAGAAGAAAAGGCCAAAGGAAGGGAGUUUUGAUAUUGAUACCUGCUUUGGCGCAUGAGCAGAAUACAGACAAAUACAUACAUCUGGAUGAAGAUGAUCUAGCUG